UUUGAACUUUCAAGCUGGAACUUUACAUAGUGGAGUCCUCAUUGACAUCAGUCUUGUAGGCAAGCUGGGUUGACCCUUGGUUAUGGCUGAAUCGGCCGCUAAACCAGGCAUAAAUGCAAGUUAACGAACGGGUUUCGAGGUUUGCUCCCAGGUGCAAUUGUUUUUCAAGCUCUUGAAAACAAGCUGCUCAAGAACGAACUGCUCGAUUGCUCAAGAAGCGCUCAAUUGCCAGCAAAAGACGCACGAAAAAUCACAACCCUCCAACACCAGUGCUUUACUUUCAGUUUUAGCUUGAGCCGGAGGUGUUCUCUACGUGCCUGAUUGUUGGAAUUCCAGGAUGGCCCCGAAAGCGAAAGCAGGGGCAUCAGGGGGGAAAGCGGCAGCAGGAAAAGGGGGAGGCGAUAGUGGCAAGGGGAAAGGGAAGGGCAGCAAAGAAGGACUAGGGACAUGUACUUAUGUGAAAGCUAGACACAUUCUCUGUGAAAAGCAGGGGAAAAUCCAAGAAGCGUACAAGAAGCUGCAAGAAGGCUGGUUGAACGCUGGGGACAAAGUACCACCUGCAGAAUUCGGCAAGCUAGCGAUGGAGUAUUCGGAAUGUCCUUCGGGCAAGAAAGGGGGCGACCUCGGCUGGUUCCCACGGGGUAAAAUGGCAGGACCGUUCCAAGAAGUCGCUUUUGCAACACCAAUUGGCGAACUCGCUCCUCCUUUCAAAUCGACGCACGGCUAUCACAUGAUAGUCGUGGAGGGUCGACGGAACUGACUGUACUGCCGGCUUUGGAAAGCCUUUCGAAAGCUCCGUAUUCAACAGGUCACAGUCCCAAUCCUGACGGAUUAAGGUUGAACCUCUCAAUGCGUUGUCGUGAUGCUACAUGUCGUGUCAAUAACGUCUCGGGUCCUAUGACCAUGCGCAAUCUAAUGUGCUCGAAAUGAAAAACUACCGCGGCUAAUCCGCGCAAUCAAUCCUAGCAUGCUGAUGUAGUCGUAGUCAUGCAGAAAAC